CUUGGCCUCCCAAGCACUGGGAUUACAGGAGUAAGGCACCAUGCCCAGUCCAUACAGUAGAAUGGUAUUCAGCCAUAAAAAAAAAAGAAAUGAACCACUGAUACAGGCUACAAUGAGGAUGAACCUUGAAAACAUGAUGACCAGUUAUAGAAGCCAGACACAAAAGCCACACAGGGUGUGAUUCUAUUUACACGAAGUGCCCAGAAUAGACGAAUCCAUAGAUAAAGAAAAUGGCUUAGUGGUUGCCUAGGAUCACAGGUGAGAGAAGCACGCGGGGGGAAAUGGGGGUGACUGCUCAUGGGUAUGGUUUGGAGGAGACAGCUAAUGGGUGCAGAGUUUCUUUUGGCGGUGAUGAAAAUGUUCUAAAACCAAUUGUGGCAAUGGUUGCACAACUCUGAAUGUACUAAAAAAUAUUGUCGUGUAUGCUUUUAAUGGGUCAAUUGUAAAUUAUGUGAAUUGUAUUUCAAUCAAGUUGUUAUAAAAGAUCAGUUCAGAAAACAACAGGUGGUGGGACAUAACCUGCUACCCUGUGGUGUGAAGUAUGCCAGGUGCCCACGUCACAGUGACAUCGAAUACAAGGGAAGGAAGGGCUUGCGGGCGAGGUCUUUCCCAGCCUGAGAUCACCCCUAGGCAAGUCCUCCCAGGGGUCAGGUUCCCCUCUGACCCACACGACAGGGCCCUCGAGGAUCCACCCCAGUGAAGUCCUGACUAUUUGCCAAUGACCACGGGGGCUCCCUGUCCUUUACUCUCAGUCUCCCUCCUCUGACGGUGUGAUACUUCCCCUACAUGUGGCCUCAUCGUUCCUGGCCCCUCAGACUCCACACUCUGGAUGCUGCCUGCUCCCCAAUCUCCGCCUUGCUUCCUGGAUGCCCACUUCCCUCUGGGUGGACAUCAGAGAUCCUCGGUUUGCUGAGCCUGCAGGUGUUGAACGAAGAAACAAGUGGCUGCAAGGAAGAAGUUAAGCCCACCCUGGCCACCGGCCCAUCCAAGAAAAUGCUUCCCAAGAGGAAGAACGGAUGGAACUUUUUGAAAUGUGCCUACAUGGUGAUGACCUUCCUGUUCGUGUCCUACAACAAGGGGGACUGGUGCUACUGCCACUACUGUAACCCAGACCUGGACAUCAGAAAUGACCCCUGCCGUUCUUUCUAGUGACCCUCGUCCAUGUCAGCCUUCUCCAGGCCUCCAUCUCCCAGGUGCUGUCACCUCCUCCGAAAGCUCUCUGUGCCCUGGACUGCCAGUGUGGGGUGAAGAGUGGGGUGUUCUUCCAAAAGGACCGACACUCUCUGUCUGGGGCUGGUGGGAAGGCGCCUCUGGGGGUCCAGAGAGCUGAGCCUCUGCAGAAGUGUCCCCUGCUCUCCCCCACAGCCUUGUCACAGCCCUCCCCACUGUUUCUGUAAUAAAAUGUACACUUGCUGAA